GCUGAUCUGGGAUUUCUUUUGCAGCUGUUUCAAACACAUGCAGAAAGCCAAGACAGCAGUACUGGUGUGGACUUGUCUUCUGUUUCCUUCACAAAUAUGAAAGAACUUGCACGGCGAUUUUCUCUAACGUUUGGCUGGGACCAGCUGAAAUCUAGAGAAUCUGUUGCCAUGAUACACAAGAAAGGGAUUGAAUUUGCCUUUCAAGGAGCUACUGGAACAGAUGGGAAAUGCUUGCCUCCUAACUUAAGCUUUCUGUUAAUCAUCAGUGAAUUUUCCAAUAAGCUGCUAAAGCCUGACAGAAGAGUAGUGUAUGACUACUUACAGAGGUAUGUAGCAGAACCACUGCCUUGCAGCCGGGACAAAUGGCAGCCAUUGAUUUUGUACAGAAACUCCUUGCUGGCAAAUGAAGAUGACGAGAGCUCCGUCCUUGGCAGCUCAGGAGAAUGGCCUCCCAUGGGCACAUCCAAGGCAUUGUCUUUUAAAAGGAAAUUAUCUAACGGGUCUUUGCCUGAAACCAGCCACACUGAAGCAGCAGGCCAGGAAGCAGCCUUAGAGUGUGCUUCCCAGCUUACCUCUGCAGCAGGGAGAAGCAGAAAGAGGCUGAAAUCUCAAGAGAAGCACUUGAAGGAACAUUUGCCAUUGCGAUGUCCAGGAGGGCUGCAGAGGAGACGCAGCAAAGAUGAGAUUAAGACAGAAGAAGUCUCAGUGGAGGGACAAGCAGAAGACACAAGCGAAGAUGUUGAUGUUGAUGUGGUUGUUGCAGAACAGGACAAUUAACAAACUGAGAAGAUGAAGAGAAAUGAAGAACACAGUACCAUUUCUUUCUUCAAAUUGUAAAACUGAACAGUGUUGUUGCAAUGGCAUCAAGCAAGGCAGCAGGAGAUGUGUGUCAGUCAAGUCUCGUCCCUGUAGGCACCCACCCUGUGCCAGUUUCUAGCACUGUGGUUGAAUUCUCCGCACUGCUGGUUAUGGGGAUUCCUGGUGUGAUGGGUGGUGUGCUUCAGGGGUGGGAGAGCUGUGAACAUCAUUACUCAACUUAAUCCACGACUUCUAUGUGGUCUUGGAAGAAAUUCCAACCCAAGUAUUGGAACCAGGGUACUAACAUACUCUGACUUGAAGAUUCUGCCCCGGCUCUGAUUUGAGCAAGCAUGUCUCAUCUAUUUAUUGUACUGCUGAAUGCACUCUUUACCUUCUGGGGUGCCCAGGAUAGAUGGAUAUGUGCGUAUCUCCUUGUACACAAUCACAGCACGGAGAAAAGAGCCUGCGGGGUAAUGCCAGGUGACUUGGACCCAAUCAUCUGGAAGUAUUCCUGAAUGCCAGUGCUCACAGAAAUGGCGUUUGUUGCAUGUGGGGAUGAGGGCGUGUGCCCAAGAGACUUGAUUCAAGACUUGUAGCAACAAAGAAAACAACAGCGGACCAGCUGAGUAUUUUCCUCUGGAAUAAAUUCUCCAUACACUGUAAUCAUGCGGUAUUUACUUGGAAAAUGAAAAGCGUGAAAAGAUAAUGUAAAUAGGCUGUAAAUACAACCCAUUCAUCACCAUGUUUCCCUUAAGAGUUUGGAAAUGAGCUUCACAAGAGUUGGUUGGGGAGAGGAGGCUGGGGAUUUUUUUUGCUGCUUUGCUACACUGUGGAACUGUAUGCUGCAUUAAUCCAUCAGCUUUUUUUUUUAAUAUAUAUAUAUAUACACACACUCUCUAUAUAUUUUGGAUUGUAACUGUGUAAAAUAAACCACAUUAACCAUUGCUA